CGUGGUUCAUGUUGUAAUUUAUUUCUUAAACGUUUAUGUUGUUCUACAUUUUUAUCAGAUAAAAGUAAGGUGCAAAAUGGUUGUAAUAGGAAAAAAGAAGUAUCAGUCUGGAGAAGGAGCACAGUUUAUGUCGAGAAAAGCUGCCUUAAAAAAAUUGCAGCUCACUUUAGUUGAUUUCCGUAGACUAUGUAUAUUAAAAGGUAUAUAUCCAAGAGAACCACGUAAUCGUAAAAGGGCACAAAAGGGAGAACCUGGUAUCAAAAUAUUGUAUCAUAAGAAAGAUAUUCAAUUUUUGAUGCAUGAACCAAUAAUAUGGAAACUGAGAGAUUUUAAGGUAUUUAAUAGGAAAGUUGGCAGAGCAAGAGCCUUGAGAGAAUUUUCAGAGAUGAAGAGAUAUUUAAAUAAUCAUCCUACUUUGAAACUAGAUCAUAUUGUUAAAGAACGUUACCCAACAUUUAUCGAUGCACUUAGGGACUUGGAUGAUUGUUUGACUUUAUGUUUCUUAUUCAGUACCUUUCCAUCACUUCAUCAUAUACCCAGAGAUCAGUCAGUACUGUGUAGGAGAUUGACAAUUGAAUUUUUACAUGUUAUAAUUGCUGCUAAAGCUUUGCGCAAAGUUUUUGUUUCUAUCAAGGGAUAUUAUUACCAAGCAGAAAUUAAAGGACAAACAAUAACUUGGAUUGUACCACAUCAUUUCAGUUUUGAGCCUCAAACAAAGAAUGAUGUAGACUUUAAAAUCAUGUCUGUAUUUGUAGAAUUCUACAUUGUGAUGUUAGGUUUUGUUAAUUAUAGACUUUAUCAUACUCUUAAUUUGUAUUAUCCUCCACAACUUACCAGUAGUGAUAACAGCGAAAAGAUACUUGUGGAUGAAGAGGUAUAUGUAUCAGAAAGAGUAGCUGCAUUGAAUGUACCAUUGGUAAAUCUGGAUCCUUCAUUACAAAAUGUAGAAGACGAAGAAUUAGAGAUGGAUGAAUUUGCAAAUGAAGGCGAUGCAACAAAAUUGGAAGAGGCUAGGAUAGAAGUAGAAAAAGUUAAAAAGUUGAAAAAACUUUUUAAAGGUUUAAAAGUUUUUUUAAAUAGGGAAGUACCGAGGGAGCCUCUAGUUUUUAUUUUACGUUGUUUCGGAGCUGAAGUGUCUUGGGAUAAAUUACUCUUUGUUGGAGCAACAUUUGACGAAAAUGAUGAAACAAUAACACAUCAUAUAGUGGACCGACCUAGUUUGACAAAACAGUAUAUUUCUAGAUAUUAUGUACAGCCACAGUGGAUUUUCGAUUCAGUGAAUGCUAGAGAACUAUUGCCUGUAGAAAAAUACUUCAUUGGUUGUGUACUUCCGCCACAUCUAUCGCCAUUCUCGGAUAGCCACCAUGAUCAGAUAUACAUUCCACCGGAAGAGCAUGCUCUUAUGGAUUCUGAAUUUAGGCUUAACGAUGAAGAAGAUUCCGGCGAAGAAGCAGAGGAGAACGAAGAUGAAGAAAAAGAAGAUGAGGUAAAGGAGAGAGUUUCAGAAGACGAAACUGAAGAGAGUAAAGAAUCAUCUGAUAUGAAUAAGGCGGAUACAACGAUGAAUGAGAAAGAACAGCAACGAGAUCGAUUAAGAAAGAAAAUGAAAGUUAAAACUGGAGAAGUAACGAAGGAAGAUCCAUUUGAGAAGAAACGACAGGAGAGGCAAGAGUAUCGACUACGAGAACGAAUGAUAAAAAAGAAACAUCGCAACUUAUACAGGAGCAUGAUGGAAGGACGCAAGCAAAGAGCCAAGGAAGUAUGGCUUCUUCGUAAGAAGAGACGGUUGCACGACGCUACUGAGAAACAAAAACGUAAAGAGGAACGUAAAGAGAAAAAGCUAAAAUCGCUGAAUAAAAAUGAAUAA